AUGAAUCAAUCAAUAAAUAUUGUUUAUGAUCCUUUAUGCAAGGCAUGGCCGUUGAGAAGUAGCGUGAUUGAGGAUGACAAUGUAGAGAUUCCAGCCGACGAAAAACUUUACUUUUAUAUCAAGAUUGUAGCCAGUUUCGCCACUCUAUAUGUUUCAGAUAUGGAAAACAUGGAAAGUUUCGACAAAGGGGAAAUAGUUGAAACAGGGGAUAACAAGAAUUCGUUCAUGAUUCCACGUGAGAAUUUGUUGUGCGAUGGUGAUGAAGUCCUUUGGGCUACCGUCUCCCGCAUGAUAGUCGAUGUGGGCGUCCGGCCAACCAAAUGUAUGAUGGAUCCUAUCCGAGACGUAGCAAGAGAAUUGGUGAUUGAGACCCAUAAUCUAGACAAGAAGAUUCUACCGUUUUUUGUGUCAAUUUAUGUGGAAGAUUAUGUGGAUACUCAUGAUGACGAAGAAGAUAAUGAUGAUGAUUAUGAUGAUGAUGAUGAUGAUGAUGAGGGUUCGAUAGAUGUUAUGGAGGAAGAGGAGGUGAGGUUGUCGGAGACGACGACGACGGCGUCAGAAGAGCAGAUGAGGCGGCCGAAGACUACGACCGAAAUCUGUUCUGCGGUGGAGUUAGUUGGUGGAGAAAAGUGUGUCAUUUGUCAAGAUGAGUUGAGUUAUAUGAAUGAGUCUGAGUUGAAAAGAAUGGGAUGUUGCAGGCACGUUUUCCAUGGUGAUUGCAUUGAGAAGUGGCUUAAUCUCAACAACUUGUGCCCUCUUUGCAGAUUCCAGAUAUCCACUUGA